AUGCGCAACUACAUGGGGCUCAUCGACUCGCUCAUGGCCUACGUCCAGAACUGCGUGGCAGCCAACCGCUGUGACGACAAGUCAGUGAAGAACUGCAUGUGCGUCCUUCACAACCUCUCCUACCGCCUGGACGCCGAGGUGCCCACACGCUACCGCCAGCUGGAGUACACCGCCCGCAACGCCUACACCGAUAAGUCCUCCACCGGCUGCUUCAGCAACAAGAGCGACCGCAUGACGAACAACAACUACGACUGCCCACUUCCUGAGGAAGAGCCCAACCCCAAGGGCAGCAGCUGGCUGUACCACUCAGAUGCCAUCCGCACCUACCUGAACCUCAUGGGCAAGAGCAAGAAGGACGCCACCCUGGAGGCCUGCGCGGGUGCCCUGCAGAACCUGACUGCCAGCAAAGGGCUGAUGUCCAGCGGCAUGAGCCAGCUGAUCGGGCUGAAGGAGAAGGGCCUGCCCCACAUCGCCCGCCUGCUGCAGUCCGGCAACUCGGAUGUGGUGCGGUCCGGAGCCUCGCUGCUGAGCAACAUGUCCCGCCACCCCGCGCUGCACAGGGUGAUGGGGACCCAAGUGUUCCCAGAGGUGACCAGACUCCUCACCAGUCACACCGGCAACACCAGCAACUCGGAGGACAUCCUGGCCUCGGCCUGCUACACCGUGAGGAACCUGAUGGCCUCCCUGCCGGGCAUGGCCAAGCAGCACUUCUCCAGCAGCAUGAUCAACAACGUCAUCAACCUGUGCCGCAGCAGCACCUCCCCCAAGGCUGCGGAGGCCGCCCGCCUCCUCCUGUCCGACAUGUGGUCCAGCAGGGAGCUGCAGGGGCUCCUCAGGCAGCAAGGUUUUGAUAGGAGCAUGCUGGGGACCUUAGCCGGGGCCAACAGCCUCAGGAACUUCACCUCCCGAUUCUGA